AUGCAGACGACACAGGUUCCGAACGGGCUCUCGCCCAUGUCCGAGACGACGCCGGAAUCGUCUCCCGGGCCCUCCCCCAAGCGACAGUGCUUCCAGGGCUCGCCCGCGUACGGCACUAUAGAAGCGUCGGCCCUAGGCGGCCUGGCCGCGCGCGCGUGUGAGAAGUGCCGUGCGUCUAAACGAAAAUGUGAUAAGAAGCUGCCUUUCUGCGAUAGGUGUAAGAGACUCAACGCUAAAUGCCACUACAUCCACGACAUAUCCAACAACGUGAUCCCGCAGGGCGCACAGCUAGUAAUCUACCAGCCGCACUCGCUAUCGCACGACGCCCUGCUGCGCGGCGCGGAGCCCCUGGAGGGGAUCACCGCCGCGCAGAUCCUCUCGCUGAUAUCGCCCGGGUCGGGGCAGCAGGUCGACUGGCGCGCCGUCGUCAACAUGUACUUCCUGUGCAUACACUCGUGGUACGCCGUCAUCCACCCGACGCUCUUCGAGCACCAAGUCGCGAGCCUCGCCGCGCUGACGGACGGGUCCGACACGCCCGAACACUCCAACUCUCACUCCAACUUUCACUCCAAUCCCAAUCCCAAUCCCAAUCCCAAUCCCAAUCCCAAUCCCAAUCUCAACUUAGACCGGCCCGCCAAGACGGCCGCGCUCCUCGUCGCCGCCAUGUACCUGCUGACGCGGAUGCGGAUCACGGACGCGGGCCCGCAGCCCAUCUUCGACGAGACGUACCGGACGGUAAAGCGGCUGCUGUCGUCGCUGCUGCUGGCGUGCGCGGGGGACCCGCGCCCGGACGUCGAGGUGGUGCAGUGCGGCGCGCUGGUCGCGCUGUACGAGUACGGGCACGGGGACGCGCUUACGGCGUACCGCACGCUGAGCCAGGCUGUCGUUACGGCGCGCGUGCUGGGGAUCAGGCCGGCGCAGGUGGCGGAGGGAGAGAGAGGGAGGAGGAGGGGAGGGGGGGAUGUUGAUCUUGAUGUUGCUGUUGCUAUGAACGGGGUGGAGGAGGAGGAGCAGAGUGGUGGUCUUUGGUGGGGGAUGUUUAUAUUGGAGCAGUUCAUCCACCAGGACGAAAACGCGAGGGACUUCCCGUUCCUGCUCGAGAGUCCGACGCGGAACACGCUUCUGCCCGAGACGCCUCCGACAACGCCUCCGCCGAGCUCGACCGGAGGCCCAAGCGGGACAGCAUCAUCAUCCGGAGUCGCAUUUCCCAUGUCGCCGCCGUCGCCGCCGCGGCACCUGAGCACCAAUAUCCCCAUCGGCGCCGAGAAGUUCGGCGGCUUCCAGCUCUCGGCCAAGACAGCGUGUCUGUUCCACCGCGCGCUCCGCAUAGAUAAGGAGCGCGAUGCUCGGCCGGGCAAGAUGCCGCUGGUAUCGACGUAUGCGGACCUCGAUCGAGAGAUUAGGGAGAGCACGUUGACGCUGCUGGGGGAGACGCUGGAUUGGGAGGCUACGCUUGAUUGUUUUGCUAUGCUUGUUAGCCGCCCUGCGCUUCGCCUGCAAGAUGUCGACCGACAUAUCGUGCAAGCUCAACGCCAACUUCGGGUCCGCGCCCCGGUCGCCCGCCUUCCUGUGCGCCCCCGCCGGCGCUACGUGCUACCUGGUGAUACAGGCGUACGCGGCGCUGCGGCGCAUCUUCCCCGAGGAGAGGGCCGAGUGCGAGGCCGAUAUCGAGGAGAAGUUUGA